AUGCGCAAUGAAGCCGAACAGAAACAACUGAUUGAAGAAUAUAAGGACUCUGAAGAACUACGCAUCCGAGAGGCACAUCCAAAAGUGAAGUUCUUAACAUACAAAGUUGUCAUGCUCACGAUUUGGAGCCUCUGCUUGGUAUUUUGGACCGGAAUGUUGCUUGCAACGUCGAAGCCGACGUGGCCAGCGUCGCGUACCUUACACUGCGGGAACUCGACAGCUGAAGCGAAGAGCCUUGGAUGUGUAUACGAUAUACUAUCCGGGGAUUGGAUGCCAGAACAAUGCUUUGACAAGGAGACGAUGAACGAAUAUGAGGAGGCUGGUCCUUGGCUGUGGUGGGCAGACAGGGAAGGAACUCAGACCCUCAGCCGUGAAGAGACUAGCGAGCGCACUUCACCAGGACCUCCAUAUUACGGCACCCCACUUGAUCAUGCUGCGCAUUGUUUGUAUACUUUCAAGAGAAUGAUUAAGUUAAGGGACCAAUGGGGAAGGCUACCACCAUCAUCCUCCACAGAGUGGCAUACAAAUCAUUGUGUUGGUUUCCUGAUGUCAUUUAUCACUGCUACCAAGGAGACAUCAGACCCAGUCACCUAUAGAAAAUACUCCUCAAACGCUGGAUUCUCAACUUGCGUUGUUGGUGGUUAA